AUGGGCUAUAUUUCUAGUAAGAAGCAUAUAAUUAAUGAAAUGGAAGUAGUUAGAUGUCUCCCAAAGACUGAUCGUUUGGAUACUGAUAUCUUAUCACCAAUACCAUGUGAUGAUUUCUUCGAUGUUAUAAUUCCUAUAAGGGGUCAUAAACAAAGAGAUAAUUUAUUAAUAGAUGUACCUGAUGAUAUUAAAAAUGAUGUAAUGGAGUUAUUAAAGGCUUUUGGAAUAGAUGAUAUAGAGAAUAAAAACCUAAGAGGUUUUUCAACUUAUUCAUCUAUUAGUCCUCCAUUUAUACCUAGAAUAAUUCGUUAUAAUACUUUAAAUACAGAAUUUCCAACAUUUUUUGAUUUUGGUGUUCAUUUAACACCUUCUCCAUCAUAUUUGAUGAAGGACUAUCGUUUUUCUCAUCCUAUACAUCCUAGAGAUAAUCCAUGGUAUUCAGGGUGUACUACUCUGCUUUUAUUAGGUAUACCUUCUUGUUUAUCUGCUCAUGAUAUUGGAGAUAUAAUAACUUCUAUGAGUUCAAAAAUAUAUGAGAAUUAUGUGAGUGAUUUAUCUAUACAACCUCCUCAUCCUACAAGUGAUUCUACUGUAUCUUCAUCACCCUGCAAUUCAGAAUAUUUAGAUUCUUCACUUACAACAAGCCUUCCUGAUUUGGGAAUUAAGAGACUUGUAUCUGUAUUUACAACAGAAUCUCAAAAUUUUGCUGUAAAUGUUUUACAUCAACCUGAAGGUUGUAUUAUUAAUAAACCAGUUAAUAUGGCUCAGUUAGAAUUUCAUUCAGAAUCACAUGCAUUGAAUUUUUGGGCUACUACUUCAUCUGGUUUACUUCAAUGUUAUGGACAUGUCUUAACUGUUGUACCAGACCCUUCUGGUCUCCGAAUUUUUGCUGAAGGGCUUGCAUCAUUAUUUUCACCAAAGUUAAUGCCAUCUAUGGAAUCUAUUAAUAUGAUUGUUAAGAGUGUAGAUAAUUCUAUAGAUGACAAUAAUAAGAAUUUUAUUUUAAGAUUUCCUUGUAUAGCAUCAUCCAAUAAUGAUAUAGAUAGAAUAAGAAAAGCAUUAAGAGAUAUAAUAAAUGAAACAGAUGAGACUACAAGUAUUAUUUGGGAAGAAUCUAGUGCAUCUAUAAUUUUAUCAACUUCUAAUAUUAGAAGUAUAAAACUCUUGAAUAUAAGAUUAUUUCAACAUUUUAGUUUCAAGAAUUAUAAAGGGAAUUUUUUGACUGUAUCUGAUACUUUAACAACUGAUUCUAGGGAUUUAGUAAAUACAGCUAUGUUUAUUUUUGAUGAUAAAAGAACUGAACCUGUAAUUAUUCAAGGAAAUUGCAUUUUUAAUCUCGUAAAAUAUCAUCAGUUGGAUCCUAAUUUAUCAAAAUCAAAAGAAGUUGAUAAUUUGAAGGAGCAUUUAAAUAGUCAAUUAAGUUAUGCUGAUACAGGGCCAGUAGGUUUUUUAUUUAAGAAAUUUGAAGAAUUAAGAGAAGCCUUGCAGCAUGACUUAGAACCUAAUAAACGCGAUAAAUAUAUUGUACAGCAAAAAGAUAAUUCUCCUGAACAUUUAAAUGCUACAUAUGAGGAGAUUCCAGCUAAUAUUGCUGAGAAGAAUAUAGUUAAACCUUCUACUCCUCGUGGUUCAGUUCCUGUUACUAUAAUUGGCUCCCAAGAGCCACUUGGGAUACAAGUUACAAGUAAUAAAGCAAUUAUUACACCUAAAAAACAAGGUUUAAAUAAUACUAAUACUAAUAAAGAUAAAAAGAGAAUUCGGAAACAAAGUUCUGAAAAAAAAGCUAAAGAUACUCCUAAGGAAGUACAGGAAUCUUCAAAGGAGGAAAUUAAUAAUUUGAAAGAGGAUCCAAGUGACUUUGAAUAUUCUUCUGAGUUGUCACCUAAUAUAGAUUCAGAUGAUCUUUUUGAUAGUGAUGAAACUUAUUCUAACAGUAGGAAACAACCUAAAAGAAAAAUUCUUAAGAAGAGGAUAAAGAAAAAGUGA